GGACAGGACAGCAGGAGCUGGGUGUGGGGUUCCCUGGGCCGGUGGGGAGGCCUGGUCUGGAGGGAACGGGUCUGAUCACACUCGUGUGGCGCUGAGGGGACAGCCCUGGGUCUGGAGAGACUCCCCGGCCCGUGAGACCCGCCUUCCCCGGCCCGGCCCCUCCCAGUUCCCCCAGCGACGACGGCCGCUUCCUGGUCCCCGACGCAACCAUGGCCGAAGAACAGCCCCAAGUCGAGUUGUUCGUGAAGGCUGGCAGCGAUGGGGCCAAGAUUGGGAACUGCCCCUUCUCCCAGAGACUGUUCAUGGUACUGUGGCUCAAAGGAGUCACCUUCAAUGUCACCACUGUUGACACCAAAAGGCGGACAGAGACUGUGCAGAAGCUGUGUCCCGGAGGACAGCUCCCCUUUCUGCUGUAUGGCACUGAAGUACACACCGACACCAACAAGAUCGAGGAGUUUCUGGAGGCUGUGUUGUGCCCUCCCAGGUACCCGAAGCUGGCAGCUCUGAACCCUGAGUCCAACACAGCUGGGCUGGACAUAUUUGCCAAAUUUUCUGCCUACAUCAAGAAUUCAAACCCAGCGCUCAAUGAUAAUCUGGAGAAGGGACUCCUGAAAGCCCUGAAGAUCUUAGACAAUUACCUGACAUCCCCCCUCCCAGAAGAAGUGGAUGAAACCAGUGCAGAAGAUGAGGGUAUCUCUCAAAGAAAAUUUCUGGAUGGCAAUGAGCUCACCCUGGCUGACUGCAACCUGUUGCCAAAGCUCCACAUAGUACAGGUGGUAUGUAAGAAGUACAGAGGAUUCACCAUCCCUGAAGCUUUCCGAGGAGUGCACCGGUACUUGAGCAAUGCCUAUGCUCGGGAAGAAUUUGCCUCCACCUGUCCAGAUGACGAAGAGAUAGAGUUGGCCUAUGAGCAAGUGACCAAGGCCCUCAAAUAAGUUCCUCCUGGGGCAAUAGUAUCCCCUCCAUGCUCUGCACAGAGCCUGGCGUAAUUUCCACAUUGCUAUCCAAAUGGACACACUCCAGCACUGCCAGCAGGCAGAGAAUCCUGGGGCACUUGUGCAGAGGUAGGGGCGUAGGGCUGAGGAGAAAAAGGGGAUAAGGGUAUGAUUUUUAUUGUGGGGUGGGGUGGGUAAGACAAUGUAUUUCAGUAAUAAAAUACAGAAUGAAAAUA